CUGCCCGCGCGGCCGGCGCGCUCCGGCCCCGCGUCUAUGUGCGCGCCUGGCCAUGUCGUAUCCUCAGGGCUACUUGUACCAGCCGUCGGCCUCCUUGGCUCUCUACUCGUGCCCGGCGUACAGCACGAGCGUGAUCUCCGGGCCGCGCACCGAUGAACUUGGCAGAUCUUCCUCGGGCUCCGCUUUUUCCCCCUAUGCCGGAUCUACCGCCUUCAGCGCCCCGUCCCCGGGUUACAACUCCCACCUCCAGUACGGCACCGACCCGGCCGCCGCCGCCGCCGCCGCAUUCACCUCCUACGUGUCGCCCCCCGCGCGGCCGCGCUCGCCGCCCGCGCAGUGCCCCUUCCCCAACGGCGCGGUGCUGCCGCGGCCGCUCUACUACACGGCGCCCUUCUACCCCGGCUACACGAACUACGGCUCCUUCGGGGCCCUGCACGGCCCCGCCGGCGGCCCCGGCGGCCCCUUCAAUGGAUUAAACCAGACUGUGCUCGGCAGAGCCGACGGCGGGGCCAAGGAGGCCAAGCUGCUCCGCGGCCCGGCCCAGGCGGACCUGGGCAAGGACUCGCCCUACGAGCCCAAGAAAGGUAUGUCCAGCAUUUAAUACCGGCUUCUCCUCUGCGCCCCGCGGGACGCGCCCUCGGGGCUCCCUCCUUUUCCUUUUUAUUUUUUUUUUAAUUUAUUGAAAGAAAUAAUAAAUCGCUUUGGCAGUUAUUUUUCCACUACCAAAAAACCGAAACGAACAGGAAAAAAACAAAAGACCAUUUCCCUCCACCUCUUUAUCGCCCCCGCCGCUGCCCCCAGCACCGCGCUCAAAACUUUCUAGUCCAAGGGAAAUGGCUGGGUG